UUAGUGCUUAAUUAUCCACUAAUUGAAUUCUGAGACCCCUCGACGGAAUUUUAAAAGGGGACUUCGAAUAACCAUGGGAAAACAAAACAGCAAACUGAAGCCAGAAGUACUAGAAGACCUCAAGCAAAAUACGGAAUUCUCAGAUGCUGAAAUCCAAGAAUGGUACAAAGGCUUCUUGAAGGAUUGUCCGAGUGGGCACCUCAGCGUAGAAGAAUUUAAAAAAAUAUAUGGAAAUUUCUUCCCGUACGGUGAUGCCUCUAAGUUUGCAGAGCAUGUAUUCAGAACAUUCGACGCGAAUGGGGAUGGAACAAUCGACUUUCGAGAAUUUCUAUGCGCUCUCAGCGUAACAUCUCGUGGUAAACUGGAACAGAAAUUAAAGUGGGCCUUCAGCAUGUACGAUCUGGAUGGUAAUGGUUAUAUUUCGCGGCAAGAAAUGCUGGAAAUUGUAACGGCAAUCUAUAAAAUGGUGGGGUCCGUAAUGAAAAUGCCGGAAGAUGAAUCUACGCCAGAAAAAAGAACCGACAAGAUAUUCCGACAGAUGGAUAAAAACAAGGAUGGCAAAUUAUCGCUCGACGAGUUCAUAGAAGGGGCAAAAAGUGAUCCGUCUAUCGUGCGACUGUUGCAGUGCGAUCCUAGUGCACAAGCUCAGUGAGGCCCUGGGCUAUUACGCAAGUAUUACUGUGUCAUCUAUAUAACAAGGUCGGGACCCGGUCCGAUAAUGUCCACUAGAAAUAAAGCAAAUAGAAAAGUUACGUUCAUAAAGAAAUAUCCUGGAUCUGAAGGAUUCACUUGGAAAUCUAUCAAAGCAUUAUUGUUAUAAUUUAAUUCUCUUUAUUUAGAAAGAUAUUUACUUACAAAAAUUAAUUAAUGAUAAACCAGAAGAAUUCUAUUCCUCUCAGAAAUUAUUAUAGUUAAUUUUAUUUUCUUAUGAAUCGUAAUAAAUGGUAUAGAAAACAUUUGAUAGGUUUUCACGUGAUAUAUCUUUACGUAAUUAUUUACUAAAAAAUAUAAGUGGUAGAAAUAAGAGACAUUUGUAAAUUGGACCGGAACCCGAAUAAGUCCAGGGCCUCCGGGCCCAUGGCGCUUGCGCAUACCGCAAGCUAGUCUACAAGACUAGUCCAGUCGCUCCGUCUCGUAAACGGAUCGGUUUUAACACAACAAGUUUCAUAUAUUUCGAUAGUACUAUGCUGCGUAGGGACGAAUGACUUGUGAAGCUAUCGAGAGAUCGUGAGAAUUUUGAUUCGUAAUAAUUCUAAACAAACAUAGAAAUAUAGAAUAUAAAACAUGAAAUACCACAUAUUUCUACGUACGUAGACGUUAUGUAGACGGACAUACUACAUAUGUUACCUGGAUCUUGUGGUUGCUUUUUUUGAUAAUUCUAACUGUAUGUUCCUUUUCGUUUUUGUUAUUCGAUCACGCUAGUUAGAAAAUUAUUUAAUCUUAUAUUAUUUUUUCUAUUUUUUCGAUGCUCGUAAUCUUACGGAACACUCAUAAAAACUGAUUUUUACAAAAGCUCGAUGUUGUUGAACAAUAUUUUUUACGAUAUAAUUGCCUUUAAAUACUGUUGACCUUCUUUUAACGAGAUGAUUAUAUAUUAGCUACAUAUUAUGAUAUAUUAUUACGUAUAUUAACGUUAUCAUAUGUUCGCGACCUUCAGUUAAAAUUAAACAUUAUAAAUAAUGCCCCUCGUCGACGCGUUCUCGAGUAAUCGUUUUUAGCACAAGUCCCCGUCAUACGCAGCUUAAGGGUAAAUUAAUCUUUAAAUGCGUUACAUGAUUUUUGUAAGCUAUUUGCAAAAGCAUAUUUUAUAUUAAAAGAUAGUAAACGUUUAUAAUUUUAGCAAAACGCUUUUGAUUUUUCAGUACACGCUGUUGUAAAACUGUUAAUUACCGAAAAGACUUAUUUACGUGGUAUCGUACUAUAUUAGCAACGAAUUUAAGCAAUUAAUGGUCAUCGAAAUAACAAAGGUCAUUGGAAAAGGGUAUAAAGCGAAAAGUCUCUUGUUCAACGAAAUAUCAUGCUUUUAGAAUGCAUGUGUAAUAUGAAGUUUUGUUCUUCUUUAUAGAUACGUAACAUUUGCUCAAAUGGCCAUUAUGUUUCAUUUUGUUAAUAAAUAGCAAAAAUGUAUAAUAAAAGACUGUGAAAAUAUUGGUAUGUUAAGGUUAAUUGAAAUAUAAUACAAUUAAAUAUUUUUGUAGCUUUAAACACAUAUUUUUUUCUAUUCUAAUAUUCUACAUUAAUUUAAAUAAUUACUUAAAAUUUCUGUAAAAUUAGAUUGUUCCAAGAGCUACACCCCCGUGACCUUUGUUACAAUUGCUUUAUUAAUACACGUUAAUUUUGAUAGAAUAAAUUCAGCUAGAAGAAUAGAGUAAAAUUAAUCAUCUUCUCGUAAAAGAAGGAAAAAGUGUAAAAUAUCAUUGCCUAUUCAAGUAACUGAAUUCAUGACGAUUUUCAGUUGCUUUUGAGCUACUGAAAACCUACCAAGAUUUCGAGCCGAAUGGAAGAUUUGGACAAAAAGAAAUGAUGGGAAAAGAAGCAAAUGACGCAGAAAUGACAAAGAAAAUAAAAUGAAAAAUGGGAAGCCGAAAGAAUCACGCUCACGCGCAUAAACUGUUUUAGAGAUUUAUUUUUACGAGUGCGUAUGUCGCGUGUACGUGUGCGAACAUGCUAUGUGUGCGACUAAGUAUUUUAAUGUGCAUUUGCGCGUAUGCAUACGAAUAGAGAAGAAGAAGCAGCGAAUAGUACAGAGUAGCAAAGAAUAUGAAAGGAAUAAUGAGAUACAAAACUUUAUAUAAGGACUACAACAAACCUAGACUUAAAAACAGAUGCAAAAAAGAAAUAGCGAAUAAUAUAAAAUCUCCCAUUAGCUAUUGUUCAAUUAGAAUCAAUUAUUUUAUCACACAUUACAUAUAUGUAUACGCGACAUUGUAACUCUGUUCAUUUUUUAUCAGUGAUACGACAUAACAAUUUACUGAUUCUUUAAUUAUAAUAUGAUCGAUUUAUAACAGAAUUUUCAUUAAUUGCGCAGAAGAAGAUAUAUAUUUGUAAAUUUUAAUUUACAUUUCGACAAAUCUUGAAAGAUUCAUCGUUGUUCUUUAUACGUUAUUAUUUUUCCCGAUAUAUGAAGAUAUGAUAACCGUUAUUUUUGUAAUUUUUCUGCCCUGCUUGGUAUCACUGAAGGAAAUGACCAAUACACAUAUGUUAUGAUUUUACACUUGGUCGUUACACUAGCAGUAUUGUUUUACAGAAAAGCAACAUAUUAUAAAGAUACAAAUAUGUACAUAUAUACACCCAACAUAUAUAUAUAUAUAUUUGUAUCAACACAUAUGUAUACCUAUUAUACUUUCUAAGAUGUACAUUCUUUCAUCUUGUGCUCAUUAAUAAUUAAGGAUAAAGACUACAUAGUUAUAUCUUUUAUCCACAUAGUCACUGUAUAAAUUAAAUAACCUCAUUAAAAUUAAUAUAUAAGAUUCUAAAAUAAAUCUUGAAUUUUUCUCGCUAUUCAAUAGGACAUAAAUAGCAACACGAAAGGAAAAAAUUAGUAAUUAUAAAAAAAAUGAUGACUUUGCCUUCUGAAAUAUACAAAAAGAAAGAGAAGGGAAAAUGAAGAAAAUUCUAUUUAGAUAAAGUAGAAUCGAUAUUUUACAUUCAGUACUAGUUGACACACAAAAUGUAAUUAUUGUAUCUUAAAACAGGAGAAGCAAUAAGCAAGAAAAAAAAUAAAUAAAUCGCGACUAAAUUAGCACGAUUUUAAAAUCGAUAAUGUCGUGUAAUUUUUAUAAUUUCACAGUCGCCCAGUAUUUAACAAUUUUCUAACGGUUUUUUUAUGAAACAAACACGUAAGAUGGAUAUUAAGUCGUGUCAAUUCGUUAAAACACGAGUAGUAUUAGUCGGUUAAUAUAAUUCAUGAAUUGAAAAAUAGAAGGAAGAAACAUUUUACAAUGAAUUAAAAGCUAUUGAAUUGUAUGUAAUUAAAAAGUUCUCUAAACGUACCGUUGUAUAUAUUAAUUCUUUCUUCUCAUUACGUAUUCUUCCUUUAAUUUAUUCCAAAAAAUUUUGUUUUCUAUCUUAUACUUUAUAACGAUUUUAAUUUAUUGUUAAAAUCAUUUUCAACUUAUAUUAUUUUAUAUGUGAUUAGAUAAUAUUAAAUUUAUAUAGAAAAAUGAUUUUUUGUUAAUUUAUUUUUAACUUAAACGGUAGUUUCAUUAAUUGCAAUGUAGUAUUAGCAAAAAUUUGAAUACAACAUUUUGUCUAUUCAAUAUCUAUUAAAUUGCUUAAAUCAUUUUUAGAAAAUUUUAAAAAUGAGCCAUUAAAUAAUCAAUUAAAUGACAUAACAACAGGUAUAUGCACAAAAUAAUUUCAACAAUGUAAGAUGUAUGUAUUUAAAUACGCAAAUAUCAGGAAUGUGACAAGUGUAUAUAAAUAUAUUUAAUUGUAUUGUAAACAUGAAAGUUUUAAAUUGUGACAGAUGCAACAAAAGCAAUUUAUUUGAAAUCUACUAUUCUUUCCAUGAUUAUUAUAUAUGUAUGUAUAUAAAUACAUUUUGUUUCUGUCAAUAGCACUUAUAAAAUGUUUUCAAGUAUUAUACAUUCAAACUGAAAAAAAUGGAAUGAUUUGUAAUUAAAACACAAAAGUUGAUUUAUUUGCUGCAAAAUUUUCAUUCUUAUAUAUUUAAUAUGUAAUCAUAGUAGUAAAGAAAAAGUUAUAAUAACUUCAUUUACAUUUAAAUUUUAUAAAUUUUCGAAAGAUAAAAUAUUCUUGAAACCUUUAAUGGUACAACUAUUUCAUUAAAUUUAUUUCUUAUGUUGAAAUUCUAUAUUUUAUUGCUAAUGACAUUUUACAUAAUUAAUUUAUUAAAAUGACAAGUAUCAGAAUGUAUUUUUAAAAAGGAAGAAAGAAUAAAACAUUAAAAGUAUACCUUCUAUAAGAAAAUGUAUGCUUAAUGAUGAAAGAUGAAGGAGGAAAAAAUAAAGGAAAAAAUAAUACUGUGAAAUGAAUAUGAAAUAUAAGUUCAAAAUUCUGCAAUUAAGAAUGUAAAUUUCAACAUUCAAGAAUUCUCAUAAAGUAGUUAUAUGUACUUCAUUUUUUUAGACAUUAGAUACAAUAUAUAUAUUAAAUAAUAUAAAUUUUGUUCAAAUUUAUUUAAAAAAAGAUAUCAGUGAUGGCAGAAAAGUUAUAGCCAUUAAGGGUUCCUUUGAUAUUCUAAAGAAAACUAUAUCUUACGAAAGAAUAUUUGUAAACUUCGUUAAAUUUAUUGCUAAAUAUUUACUAUACUGCUAUACCAUGCUGAUUUAUUAUAACCCAAGUCAAUUGAAAAAUCACAUGUUACAUACUAUUGUUCAAAUAUAUGUUAUAUAUUGUUAUCGAAAAUAACAUUUUUAUGAAUUUCUAUGCUGGAAUAAGGAUUGCAACUAGUAAAAUAAUAUUGAAAUAGCAUUUACUGCUCGUGUUUGUCGUGAUAUUUCUUCCUAAACUAUAUAAUUUCUUUCUAAAGAUAAGAUGUAUAAAAUUCGAAUCCAAUUACUGAGUGAUGAUUUUAACUCCUUCCAAUAACACUUCAUGAUUUAAUCGUUAAGAAAAAAUAAAAUUUAUGCCAGAACUAUAUAGUAACCUUAACACUUUUUCUCUCUAUCUCUUAGCAUGAAAAGAAAUACCUAACACUUUUCUUUCUGUGGGUUUAAUAAAUAUCAACAUUUGUUGCAUAUUAAAAUUUAUCUAUACUAUAUUAUGAUUUUUGCCUAAUAUUUUAAUAUUCCUAAUAAAUUAGAGAUUGUUCUUUAGAAUGUCAACAGUAUAACAGAUUACUAAUAUUUCUUGUACCAGAACCUAUCACAGAAACUUUAAUAAUACUUCUAACAUAGUUGGUCUUAUUAAUAACUCAUGCCUUGAAAAUUUUCUGCACUUAUAAAAGUCUUCUGAUACCCAUCUUAAUAAUGAUUACAAUGGAGUCGUAUAGUUUCACAAUUAAAUAAUAUUAUACAUGCGAUAUAUACAUUAUCCAAGGCAGUAUUGUUUUAAUUCAUAAAAAUCUCAUUCUUUUCUUUGUUACUAUAUCGUCAUUAUUCUUUAUAUAACAAAUUAUUUAUGCCCAUAUUUGAGUAAAAUAAUUCUGUACUCACAAAAGUGAUAUUUUUAUAGCAAAAGAUAAGAAUACCUACUGUGUGUGUUUAAUAAAGAAUAUAAAACAAUAAGUGUGUUAAUAUGUAAGGAAAUAUGAAAAUUUAAAAAUAAUCAUAUAAAUAAUUUUUUAAGUCAUUUAUUGUUGCACAAGUAUUUGUUCCAUUCAUAAAUGGAUAAUAAUUAAAAUUCAUAAACAAACUAUACGGCUCAAAUUUUAACAAACAAAGAAGGUAAUAAAUGAAAUCCUUCAAGUACACACCAAAGAUUGUAAUCCUCUACCGGUGUUUCUCUCAUACAUUAAAAAUAGAUGUUCUCCUAUUGAUAUUAAUAUUGUAUCUUUCUUCUUUUACCAAUUACUUGUUCAUGGUAACUCUGUAAUCUUUUGUAAUUCUUGAUGUCUUCAAAAGUUGAGUAUUUUUAAAAUCUUUCAUCUGUUUCUCUUAUGUAGAAUUUCACUUGAUUGUCUAUGGCUCAAUAUUUUUUAUCACUAGGAAUUAUUAACAGAUUUCGUUUAAGUCUAUAUAUUUAUUGGUGCUGAGUGUGUAUGUGAAGUACAAAAUGUAUAUUAUUAAUUUUAUGUUCAUCAUUAUUACUAAAAUCGUUUUGUCAAACUUUUGCUUAACCACUUCUGUGUCAAUAUCUUUUUAAAGAAAUCUAUGUAAACCAUUGAUUAUUAAAUACAAGCAAAAAUUUAUUUUAAAAAGUGUCAUGUUAAAAGUAAUAAAAUAAUUAAUAAUUCCUGAUCAGAUACUGAAAUGGCUCAUGCAAAAGUAAAAUAUUACAAUUUUAUAUUGUGGUAUCCCCAAUUAUAACAAAUAAUUAAUUAGUUAAUUCAGUAUAUAGUUAAUUUACAAUCUGUGUAACAGUAUAAUAUAAGAUACUAAUAUUGUACAAAGCAAAAGAAUUAAAAAUCAAAGCACAAUUCAUCAUUUUAUUGUUAUAUUGAGACUAGAACACCGGUAAAAUAUUUGCGUACAAUAUUGGUUGUAAGACAUGAAAUAUUAAUUUGCUUUAUGCCUUAGACAUAUUUACUAUAAAUUAAAAUAAUAGUUUAUCAUAAGUAAUGGUUAUUAAUAGUGAUUUAUUAUUAUAUAUAAGGAUAAAAUAAUUUGUGUAUCAAUUAAUUAUUACAUUAAAGUGUUGAUAUUAUACUCGUUCAA